AUGAAUUUAUCACGUUUAUAACAUGGAAAAUUGUUUCUUUCUCAAUAAUGCGUUUCUCUGGUCGAAAGUUCCUAAUUUGGUUGAGUUUAACGUUCCUUUUCAUUCUGAUUGGUCGUCUCAUAGUCAAUCGUGUAUUUUAUGUACCAGUAGUGAUAAUCGGUACCAACGAUAUCCUAAUACCAAAGAGUUAUUCGAGUUCUCAGCAAGAAGUUCAGACUGGAGCACUUGCUUAUGCAGCAGGCAUAUACAUGGCGGGUCUACAAACCAGGAACAAAAGCUUUUGCAAAUGGUACCAUGGCCUGCCGAAUGUUCUUUCGUACCCGGCAUCGAAAAUCACCUGGACCCCUGAAAUCGGUGAGAAGAGUCCCUACAGAGUUCUACCGUUCGUAUUGCGCGGAACCGAGGAGAGGAACAAGCUGCCUCAGGUGACCCUCUGCACACACGCCACUGCAGAUCAGGUCUAUGGAAUCGUGGAAUUAGCUCGGAGAUGGGAAGGCCCAUUAAGUCUGGCCAUUUUCACGCCUGGCCUCGACGCUGGUGUCGCCGUUGCUCUCCUCGAUCGGGCCUGUCGAUGCGAACCUGAAAUGUACAAGGUUUCCGUUCAUUUGAUAUUUCCAACUGGCUAUCCGCCACUUUUAGGACAAAUAACUCGAGUUCAAGGUGAUUGUGCCGCGUCUGACCUUCAAAACGGAAAUGUAGAAACAGAAAGAAAACAAAGACGCAUGACCUAUCCUAUCAAUGUGGCUAGAAAUGUGGCCAGAUUUCAAGCAAAUACUACUCGCGUUCUAGUAACGGACAUCGAAUUGUUACCUAGUCAAAACUUAGCAUCCGGUUUUAUGGAAAUUGCUCAUGGAAGACCACCAAAAACUGGAAUUGUUUUUGUAGUACCAGUAUUUGAAAUAGAAUCAAAUGAGCUGCCGCCUUUGACGAAAAAGGAAUUGCUUUUAGCAACGAAAGCCGGUGUAGCUGUAUAUUUUCAUAGAUUCCUUUGUUCGCAUUGCCAAAGGUUUCCUGGGCUCACUAGAUGGUUAAUUAGACCCGACCCGGGUAAGGUCAAACCGCUUAUUAUUACGAAAAGAGAAUACCCACAUCAUAGAUGGGAACCUGUAUUCAUAGGAACGCAAAAUGAUCCCUUUUAUGCUGAAGAGAUGUCUUGGGAAGGUAGACAAGAUAAAAUGAGUCAGAUGUUCGAGAUGUGUCUUUUGAACUAUCGACUAGUUAUACUUGAUGGUGCCUUUUUAGUCCAUACACCAGGUAUUAAACGAAAAACAAUAAAAAUUGAUGUAGUAAAACAAGAAUUUUUAAAACCUCAUGAAAGAAGAAAUGCUCGUAUCUAUCAACGUGUAAUUAAACGUUUAUUAAAACGAUAUCCUAUUAAUCGAAAAUGCGCACAUUAA